AUCUGUGUCGGCUGCGACUUUGUGUCGCUAUUAUCGGAUUCAGUAAGGUUUUUCUUCUCGUCCGCAUCCGUAUCCGCAUCCACGUCAGCUGAUAUCGGUAUUAACGGGUGCGACGAUUCUUUUUCCCUCAUCCGCACCCGCAAUUGUCGGCAUCCUCUUCCUCACGAACAAGAAAUAUCUUCCUCUCGCCGCUUCAUCGGAAGAUAAGAAAACAGAGGCUUUCCAGGGGACAGCGCCGCUGCUCUACUCUGCUUCAGCUUUUGUUCGCCAUGUCCGACGUGAACGCCGCCGCCAGGGUCUUCGAGCACGGAGAUCAUACGGUGAAGCUCAUCAACGAAGACUCCUCGGCGUCGCAGUCGCCCUCCCCUCCGCCGAAGCCUCUCCUCAUCGCGGCCCCUAUUGAGGAAGGUGACUACCCCAUGCUCCUCUUCCUCCACGGCUACCUCCUAUGCAACUCCUUCUACUCUCAGCUCCUCCUCCACGUCGCCUCCCACGGAUUCAUCGUCGUCGCCCCGCAGUUAUACUCGGUGGCGGGACCGGACUCCGCCGACGAGAUCCGCGCUGCGGCGGCCACGGUGGACUGGUUGAUCCCGGGACUCGCUCACGUUCUUCCCAGGCACGUCCGACCGAACCCCACCAAGCUCGCCGUCGCCGGCCACAGCCGCGGCGGCAAGGUCGCAUUCGCCCUGGCCCUCGGCCACGCGAAGACCAGCCUCCGCCUCUCGGCGCUCAUCGGCGUCGACCCCGUCGACGGCAUGGACAGGGGCAAGCAGACGCACCCGCCCAUCCUCACCUACGCCCCCCGGUCCUUCGACCUCAAGGGCACGCCAGCGAUGGUGAUCGGAUCCGGACUCGGAGGGCUGCGGAGGAACCCCCUGUUUCCGCCAUGCGCGCCGGAGGGGGUGAGCCACGGCGACUUCUUCGCCGAGUGCUGCCCGCCGGCGUACCACUUGGUGGCGAAGGAGUACGGACACCUGGACGUGCUCGAUGACGAGACCAAGGGGGUGAGGGGGAAGGCGACCUACUGCCUGUGCAAGAACGGGAGGGAGAGGAGGCCUAUGAGGGAGUUCGCCGCCGGCGCGAUGGUGGCGUUCAUGAAGGCUUACUUGGAAGGAGAGAGGCAAUGUCUGAGGGGCAUCCGCGAGGAGCCAGGCGCGGUACCGGUGGAGCUCUCCGUCGUCACAUAUUUGGAAGCAGAGGAUUAGAGCAGUAAUAAAGGUUUAAUUCGAGAUAAAAAGUAAAGGGUUGGGUUCAAUUGUAAAUUACCCACUAUAUACGUACUAUUACUUUGUUAGUAUUGUUACCGCUCUCUGUUUAUCAAUUCAGCCCCUCUGAUUUUUCUAAA